UUCAAGACAUCUCCCAAAGGAACCCGGCUGAAGUUCGUUUUUCGGAAGCAUUUCUAAAAUGUUUCUGUCUGCCAGCCCACUACAGAGCAAGACCCUGGGGAGGUCCGAGAAGAACGAGAAGCUGCUCAUGGAGGAGAACAAAAAAUGCAAGAAGGAAAUAGGAAGUUUAGUCGAGAACAAUCUGAAACUCCAAAAAGAGAUAAGGUCGCUUAAAGACAAGGUAAAGGCGGAAGAGGCUUGCGAUGACAAAAUAAAAGAGCUGGAGGAGACCAUUUCAGACUUGCAGAACAAAGAAGAAGAAAGAGUGAAAAGUCUAAGCAGAAUUCAGGAGGAGAACGUUGCUCUUCAAAAGGAAGUCAAGACACUCUGCAACAAAAAUGCCAUCCAGACAAUAUGGCGAGAGCAGCAAGCGAAAGACCUGGAAGGCUUUGACAAGCUAAAGAAAGAAGCUAAAUUAAUGGCGUCAGAGAUAAGCCAGCUAAAGAAGCAAACGGACGAUCUUAAAGAGACGGAGCAGCAAAACCUAAAUAAAAUACGGGAACUUCAGGACCUCCUCCAGAAUGAACAGACAAAGAGUAAGAAAGCCGAGGAGACAUUAAGUAUCGAAAGAAUUAAUCGACAACAUUUGUCUGAAAAGGACAAAAAGAUAUUGGAGACUUUGAACGAUAAAGUAGAAGGAUUACAGAAAGAAAACAGUGGACUAUUGAAUGAACUGGACAAAUCCAGAACCCAAGCGAAGUCGCUUAAAAAUAACACCGAAACGUUGACGGCAGAGAUUCGCAGAGAGCGCGUGAGAAACAAAGAGCUGUCAGAGUUACUCAAGGCGAAAACCUCGGAGAGCGACCAACUCCAGACAGAACUGCAGUCCAAAGAUGAGCAAUUGAGAGGUAUGAAGGAAGAAGCGGUGAAAGCUCGAAAUAUCAUCCACUGGAUGGAGCUGGAAUUACAGAAACUCUCCUGUCAAUCUGAAAACGAUCGGAAGAAAAACACGCGCGUGGUGUCGACCAUAAACAAGAAGAACAAAGGAUUGAAGAAGGAAGUGAAAGAAAGGGAAGACAAUGAGGCAAAGCUCUUGAUGCAAGUGUCAGCUCUCGAAGAUCAGCUCAAAGACGUCAAGGGCAAGCUCUGCCACGUCCAGACAGAUCUCAGCGAGUCUGAAAUAGAAAAAACUUCGCUGAAGGAGGCCAAAAGAGCCUUAAAAAGUGACAUCAGAGCUCUUCAAGCACAGCUGGUGAUCACCGAAUCAGAAAAUCAGCUUUUACAUGAUCAGCUGGAGCAGAUGAGGAAGCAAAUAGAAGAGGCAGAAGCGAAUCACCAGGAGAAAUUGUCUACGCUUGAGGGAGAACUGACUAAGGUUAAAGACAGCCUGACAGGCACAGAAAAGGAAAGGCAGAGGCUCACCAAAGAGCUGGAACAAUGUCUGGAGGCUGUUUUCAGGAGCAGCAGAAAACUAAACCAACUGCAGAGCCAAAACAUUGAGGCAGAGAAGAAGGCAAACGAGAUGACCGAGGAAAACAACAAUCUCCUUGAGGAGAACAAGAAACUCAAGUUGUUUAAGGCGUAUUGGUUGUAUUUGUCCGAUACAAUAAUGGCCGAAGUAAAUGAUUAACAUUCACUUCCUUCUGAAGCCACAUAAGGAAGCGCACAUUGCAACCUUUAUGUCUGCCACCGGAAAAAAUAAAUC